AUGGCCGGACGACCAUUUUUCCUGCAUCAUAUUUCCGGCACCGCCGUGGCUCUGCUGCUUGUGGCGCUGCUCUCCCAGCUGCCCACAACCACCCGUGCCCUGCCCGUGAGCGAGAUGAUAUCAACCAUGAAGUCAAAUGGCAUUUAUUACGUUCAUAUGGAGCGUCUGUUCGCGCUGGACGGCACCAAAGACAUCUCGGGCGUGACGAUUCUCGUCCCGCGAUCCGGCAACAUUCCCGAUGGCGAAACCUACGCCAGCCAUGAUAACACCACGCGCAAGUACAACCAGGCGAUCGCGGACGCGCUCACGCUCAUGUACGCAGCCAGCAAUUCAGAAACGAGGUGGACCGCCGCCUCACAGAAGUUGCUCUCCCCUGCUGUCACGAAAGUUCUGCUGGAUAUCUGGAAGUUUCAGAUUGUGAAUCAAUACAUUCCGCCCUCCGUGGCAAAGCAGAAGUACUCAUCUGGCGGGCCAAUAGCUGCUGCAUCCAGAGGCGCAGAGGCGUCAGAUUCCCCACCAAUCCAACCUCCCGCUCAACGUCGGCGCUUGUGGAGUCCUUCCAGCAGUGAAAACGUAUUCGUACCACCUACGUUUGAUGAGCCAGCCGAUGAGGACGGUGUAGAUGCGGCAGCCGCUCGUGCCGCCGAUGAUCCCGAGGCAUUCAUGGCACGCAUGAGUGACUCGAGUGGGAUCGACGAACACACCCCCUCUCUCCCUGCUCCCCAUUCUGCCAUGCCCGCCUUUCCUUGCCCCUCCCUGGCCGUCCUUAAUUUUUUCCAGCACACCCACUAUGUCCCUGCUCCCCAUUCUGCUAUACCACAAUCUCCCUGCCAUUCCUUCUCUCCCAUGCGCUUCCCUCACGCGCCGGGCCCCGCAUUCUGGUUUUCCAGUCCCACUCUACCUCUCCCUGCCAUUCCUUCUCUCCCCUGCGCUUCCCUCUCGCGCCUUGCCCCGCAUUCUGGUUUUCCAGUCCCACUCUACCUCUCCCUGCCAUUCCGUCUCUCCCCUGCGCUUCCCUCACGCGCCUUGCCCCGCAUUCUGGUUUUCCAGUCCCACUCUUCCUCUCCCUGCCAUUCCGUCUCUCCCCUGCGCUUCCCUCACGCGCCUUGCCCCGCAUUCUGGUUUUCCAGUCCCACUCUACCUCUCCCUGCCAUUCCUUCUCUCCCAUGCGCUUCCCUCACGCGCCGGGCCCCGCAUUCUGGUUUUCCAGUCCCACUCUACCUCUCCCUGCCAUUCCUUCUCUCCCCUGCGCUUCCCUCUCGCGCCUUGCCCCGCAUUCUGGUUUUCCAGUCCCACUCUACCUCUCCCUGCCAUUCCGUCUCUCCCCUGCGCUUCCCUCACGCGCCUUGCCCCGCAUUCUGGUUUUCCAGUCCCACUCUUCCUCUCCCUGCCAUUCCGUCUCUCCCCUGCGCUUCCCUCACGCGCCUUGCCCCGCAUUCUGGUUUUCCAGUCCCACUCUACCUCUCCCUGCCAUUCCUUCUCUCCCAUGCGCUUCCCUCACGCGCCGGGCCCCGCAUUCUGGUUUUCCACUCCCACUCUACCUCUCCCUGCCAUUCCUUCUCUCCCCUGCGCUUCCCUCACGCGCCUUGCCCCGCAUUCUGGUUUUCCAGUCCCACUCUACCUCUCCAUGCCAUUCCUUCUCUCCCCUACGCUUCCCUCUCACGCCUUGCCCCGCAUUCUGGUUUUCCAGUCCCACUCUUCCUCUCCCUGCCAUUCCUUCUCUCCCCUGCGCUUCCCUCUCGCACCUUGCCCCGCAUUCUGGUUUUCCAGUCCCACUCUACCUCUCCAUGCCAUUCCUUCUCUCCCCUACGCUUCCCUCUCACGCCUUGCCCCGCAUUCUGGUUUUCCAGUCCCACUCUUCCUCUCCCUGCCAUUCCUUCUCUCCCCUGCGCUUCCCUCUCGCACCUUGCCCCGCAUUCUGGUUUUCCAGUCCCACUCCUCCUCUCCAUGCCAUUCCUUCUCUCCCCUACGCUUCCCUCUCACGCCUUGCCCCGCAUUCUGGUUUUCCAGUCCCACUCUUCCUCUCCCUGCCAUUCCUUCUCUCCCCUGCGCUUCCCUCUCGCACCUUGCCCCGCAUUCUGGUUUUCCAGUCCCACUCCUCCUCUCCAUGCCAUUCCUUCUCUCCCCUACGCUUCCCUCUCACGCCUUGCCCCGCAUUCUGGUUUUCCAGUCCCACUCUUCCUCUCCCUGCCAUUCCUUCUCUCCCCUGCGCUUCCCUCUCGCACCUUGCCCCGCAUUCUGGUUUUCCAGUCCCACUCUACCUCUCCCUGCCAUUCCUUCUCUCCCCUACGCUUCCCUCUCGCACCUUGCCCCGCAUUCUGGUUUUCCAGUCCCACUCUACCUCUCCCUGCCAUUCCUUCUCUCCCCUACGCUUCCCUCUCACGCCUUGCCCCGCAUUCUGGUUUUCCAGUCCCACUCUACCUCUCCAUGCCAUUCCUUCUCUCCCCUACGCUUCCCUCUCACGCCUUGCCCCGCAUUCUGGUUUUCCACUCUUCCUCUCCCUGCCAUUCCUUCUCUCCCCUGCGCUUCCCUCUCGCACCUUGCCCCGCAUUCUGGUUUUCCAGUCCCACUCCUCCUCUCCAUGCCAUUCCUUCUCUCCCCUACGCUUCCCUCUCACGCCUUGCCCCGCAUUCUGGUUUUCCAGUCCCACUCUUCCUCUCCCUGCCAUUCCUUCUCUCCCCUGCGCUUCCCUCUCGCACCUUGCCCCGCAUUCUGGUUUUCCAGUCCCACUCUACCUCUCCCUGCCAUUCCUUCUCUCCCCUGCGCUUCCCUCACGCGCCUUGCCCCGCAUUCUGGUUUUCCAGUCCCACUCUACCUCUCCAUGCCAUUCCUUCUCUCCCCUACGCUUCCCUCUCACGCCUUGCCCCGCAUUCUGGUUUUCCGGUCCCACUCUUCCUCUCCCUGCCAUUCCUUCUCUCCCCUGCGCUUCUUUCAAUAAUCUGGCCCUACUCUCAAAGCCUUUUUCCAACCCCCCAACAGGAUCGCCUCCGCAUCGACGACGUCGUUGCCACUCUCAUUCUCUCGUCGGAUGAGACAAUAGCUGACGGCAGAGGAAAAGCUAAGGGGCAUCCCAUCUACAUGUCAUUGGGAAACAUUCAUCAUGAGGAUCGCUGGAAGCCAUACGGGCAUGCGCUCAUUGCAACGUUACCGGAGUUUCCGGCGGAGUACACGUCGGUUGACCGACUGCAGAUCUUCCAGUAUGUCUUGCACCUCGUUCUUCAACCAUUGAAAGAUGCUUCACACGUGUAA